UUUUUUUUAUUUUUUUUUCUUCUGCUUUUUUUGAACUUAUCCAUAUUUAGUAUUAACUUUAUGAGUUCACCAGAAGUAUCUAAAAAUUCUUCAUGUCCUACAGAGCCUGGGUUAUCUACAUCAGGUGGAUUUGAUCCAGGUUUAGAUUGGGCAUAUGUAAGAGAAUAUCCUAAAGAUAACUGGCAUGUUAUAGGCUGGAUGGCUUGCUUAGCUCUUUUAUUUAUAACCUGGAUUGUAUCGAUUACAACAGUGACAAAGCAUUUAAAAAAUUAUUAUGAGCCGCAACUACAGAGACAUAAAUUAAGAGUUUUAUUGUUUCCUCCAGUAUAUGCAACAUUAGCUUGGUUUUCAUAUUUAAGAUAUGAUUAUGCAACCACCAUUAUGUUUUUCGCUACUGUAUUUGAAGCAUUCGCUGUAUAUAAUCUUUAUUUUUCUUUGCAAGCUUAUCUAAAACCAUACAGAAUAGAAGCUGGUAACUUGAAAGAAGCUAAGGAUAUAAAAAUUAUGUUUAUUAUAAAACGUCACUUAAACUCAAUGUGGGGAAUGCAUUAUCGCAUAAUUACAGAUAUUCUUGUACUUCAAUAUCCUAUAUGGUCCCUUAUUGAUUCCUUUAUUUCAAUUUUUGCUGAAUUAAGAGGCCGUUACUGUGAUGGAAGUUAUAGUUUCAAAGGAGCUUAUGUAUAUUUGACAAUUAUCAAUUUUUACUCUCUCUCUAUUAUUCUUACAGCUCUAUUCACUUAUUUAGAUGUAUUUAGUCGAGAAUGGAAAAGAGGUCGUAUUCCUGCUCAUGGCAUGUUUUGGUGCGUUAAGGGCCCCAUCAUGAUUAUCUUUUAUAUAGGUGACGUACUUUUGACUAUUCUCACAACAUGUAAUGUGAUUAAGGGGACAGAUGGCACACAUGGCAGCAUUGCAUGGCCUGCAGAUGCUGUUAAGAAUGGUCUUUAUGUAAUUGUUAUAUGCGUUGUGAUGUUCUUUGAUAGUUUCCUGAUGCUUCGAUUCUUUGGUCCUAAAGAUAAUAUUGCUAAUGCAGUCAAAAUGGGCCAAACGAAGAAGAUGUCUUACUUUAGAGCAUUUAUAGAUGCAUACAUUGCUUAUAUCCCUGAAUUCCUUCUUAAUGUCUUAUGUUGUGGUGCUGAUUCAUUCCGAUUGAUGAGAAAGCGUAAGGCCUUAAAGAAAAAAAGGGAACAGCAAUUAGAACAUCAACAGUUUUCAGAUCCAAAUAAUUUCAAUAAUAACUUGACAGAGCAUUUAUUGGACAAUCCUAUGUCAGUACAGAAUGAAGACCCUAACUAUAAAAUGGAAGCAGUUAAUAUACCGCAACAUACAUCCUCUGCUACUAUGAUAUAUAAUUCUAACAACAACAACAAUAAUAAUCAUUCUACCAUUCCAUCUUCAAUACCUUCAAGUACUGAUCUUUACAGACCGCUACAGCCAGAGUCAGGAAUACAGAUGGAUAUCUAUCCUCAGCCUGGAUAUAUGUCUUCCAAACCUUAGACUACAUGAUCAUUCAAGGCAUUUGCUUUUUAGUUUCUAGUUUUAUUUUAUUUUAUUUUAUUUUAUUUUAUUUUAUUUUAUUUUAUUU